CCCUCUCUUCUUGGCUUCCCUCACAUAGACUCGCUCUCUCUCUCUCUCUCUCGAGUCUCACCUGAGCCUCUGUGAGGAAAGCUCAGGCCUUCUAGGGUUACCAAUCUUAAAACUUUUUCCAUUCAUUCUGAUCUAAAAAAAACCCAAUUUUGCCUCCGAUUCUCUCUUUUUUUUUUUCAUUCGCUAGGUCAACUUUUCAAUUCAACCCUCACGUCUCCGAUUCACAUACUCUUCCUAUUGCAAUGUCGGUUCUCUUCUUGUAGGCUUCUUUUUACUCUCACCGUCGAUCACCGAAGCCGCUAUUUUCCGAAUCUUUAUCAGUUUAUACCAAAUUGCAGUUAUGGCGAUUCGGUUCACCGUCACGUACUCCGGCUACGUUGCCCGAAACAUCUCCGCCACUGCCACUUCCAAGAUCGGAACGUGUCGACUCUUCCACGAGUGCGGAACCAGAUCUCGUCUCUUUUAUCCUUACCCAAAGCCUGAAACAAAUUAUUCAACGGAGUUUCGGCGGCCAAAGCCCAAGAAUUUGUCGUCGACGAUGUAUUCGACUCUUGCCGGUGAAAUUCUGGGCGAGAAUUGUAAAAACCCCAUGGUUGUUGGCCUGAUUUCGCUAAUGAAAUCGUCGGCUGGGGUUCCUGGGGGUUCUUCUAUGGGGAUUAACGGGAUUUCUUCGUUUAAGGCUUCGUCGAUUAUUCCGUUUUUGCCAAGUUCGAAGUGGUUGCCGUGUAACGAGCCGAGUAUCGGCUCGGGGAUUACUGAGGUUGAUAAGGGUGGAACACUGUGUGGUGAAGUUAAAGAGAGUUGUAGUUCGGAGGAUAUGUCAGGGGACUUCAAGUUAUCGAGAAGUAAUUGGCUGUCGAGAAUGUUGAAUUUCUGUUCGGAGGAUGCCAAGGCCGUUUUCACAGCUUUGAGUGUUAGCAUUCUCUUCCGAUCGUCCCUGGCAGAGCCAAGAUCAAUUCCCUCGUCUUCUAUGUCUCCUACUCUGGAUGUGGGCGACCGUAUUAUGGCAGAGAAGGUAUCAUAUCUAUUCAGGAAGCCUGAAGUUUCAGAUAUAGUGAUAUUUAGGGCACCUCCAAUCCUCCAGCAGGAAUUUGGUUAUAGAUCAGGCGACGAAUUUGUAAAAAGAGUUGUAGCCAAGGCUGGGGACUAUGUUGAGGUUCAUGAUGGGAAAUUAUUGGUGAAUGGUGUCAUUCAAGAUGAGGAAUUCAUCUCCGAGCCAAUUGCUUAUGAAAUGGAUGCAGUGCUUGUGCCUGAAGGCUACGUAUUUGUGAUGGGGGAUAAUCGCAACAACAGCUUUGACUCCCAUGAUUGGGGUCCACUUCCUGUCAAAAGCAUUGUUGGUAGAUCAGUGUUUCGGUAUUGGCCUCCCUCCAAAGUAUCCGACACCAUCUAUGAUUCACAUUCAGGGAAGAAAGCUUGGACAGUUUCUUGACCCUGCAUUCCAAUGCCAGUAGGGGCAUCUCAGAUAAAUUUCUCUUCUGGAGAAUUAUUUCAUCAAACUUUCUACUCAUUCAUGAGUAUUUGUGAAUAUUUGACGUCUCUGUAGUCACGUCCUUCCGAAUUUAAACUAUGUUGUGGGUGGAUCAUCUUGUCCAUCGAUGUAGGUUAAUUAUUGCUGCUGCUGAAUAUGGCUGAUUGUGCAUUCUUCCUGUAAUAACUUUCAAAUCUUUUUUUUAAAGGAUUGAAAAAGAUGGAAAGAAAAGAAAAUGAACUUUCCAGCCUUGGUCUUU